GGGCGUGGCCACGGUGAGUGAAGAUGGCCGGUGCGAGUGGCAAUGUAGCGCAGAAAACCUGGGAACUAGCGAACAACAUGCAGGAAGUGCAGAGUAUCGAUGAAAUUUAUAAAUACGACAAAAAGCAGCAACAGGAGAUCCUUGCAGCCAAACCCUGGACUAAAGACCAUCAUUACUUCAAGUAUUGUAAAAUCUCUGCCCUCGCACUUUUGAAGAUGGUGAUGCAUGCCAGGUCAGGUGGAAACUUGGAAGUGAUGGGCUUAAUGCUAGGUAAAGUGGAUGGAGAGACAAUGAUCAUAAUGGACAGUUUUGCUCUCCCUGUGGAAGGAACAGAGACAAGAGUCAAUGCUCAGGCUGCUGCUUAUGAAUAUAUGGCUGCUUAUAUAGAAAAUGCUAAACAGGUAGGACGUCUUGAGAAUGCAAUUGGUUGGUAUCAUAGUCAUCCAGGUUAUGGAUGUUGGCUUUCAGGAAUUGAUGUUAGCACUCAGAUGUUGAAUCAACAGUUCCAGGAACCAUUUGUAGCCGUGGUGAUUGACCCUACAAGAACGAUAUCAGCUGGAAAAGUGAACCUAGGUGCUUUUAGGACAUAUCCAAAGGGUUAUAAACCACCUGAUGAGGGUCCUUCAGAAUAUCAGACUAUUCCACUUAACAAAAUAGAGGAUUUUGGUGUACACUGCAAACAGUAUUAUGCUCUUGAAGUUACAUAUUUUAAAUCAUCAUUGGAUCGUAAACUACUUGAACUUCUGUGGAACAAAUAUUGGGUGAACACGCUCAGUUCUUCAAGUCUACUCACAAAUGCUGAUUACACCACAGGACAAGUUUUUGACUUAUCUGAAAAGUUGGAACAGUCAGAAGCCCAGCUCGGUAGAGGUAGUUUUAUGCUUGGUUUGGACACUCAUGACAGAAAAUCUGAAGACAAGUUGGCCAAAGCUACUCGAGAUAGCUGCAAGACUACCAUAGAAGCCAUACAUGGUUUGAUGUCUCAAGUAAUUAAGGACAAACUUUUCAAUCAGAUCAAUAUACCUUCUGCAUAAAGUACUGAAACCCAUCAAAGAAAGCUUUAGUGGAAUGUUCUUGUAAUGCUUAAAGAUACUCCAAAUUCUUUAAAUAGACAGUAUCUAUAAUUGGUUCUCCAAGACAUUGGAGACCUAAUGUAUUACUUUACAAACUAUAGGCUGUUUUCUUAGCUUUCAUUAGCCUGACUAGUAAUUUUAACUAAUAUUGUCAAAAUUUUGUAAAAUGGCAGCUGUUAUGGCAAAAUACAGUGUAGUCCAAAAUAGGGCGGGUGGGUGCGGUUGGAAUAUAUUGAUGGAGUUUCUCUAAGACAAAUGAAGUGUGUUAUUCAUGUUAUUAAAUGAUACUAAUAUUACCAGAGAUUGCACUUUCAUUUUGUUUUUUAUUUUAAUUACUUCAAAGAUUCUUAGUGCUGAAACAUAUGCUGUUUUACAAUUCACUCACUGAAAUCUUCACACCUCCUUGAUGUAGAGUUAAUAAAUGAUACUUUUAUUGCUUCCGUGGGCCUGUGUUCUCUUUCUAGGAGCAGCAUCCCAGUCACAUACUAUAUUUGGCAUUUUGCAAGUUUCUUCCAGACAGCUGAUUUGCUUUUGAGUAAUAUCAAUACAAACAAAUUUGGCUCCAGGCUGGUUUGUUACUGAGUUUCUCAUUGCAGUCUGAAGUGCACUGAUUGAAAAGAUGGUGGAAAUGGAUUUCAACAUACUUUUCAAAUGAGAAUUGAAUAAAUGAUUGAAAAUGAAAGUUUGCUGAGUUAAACAUAGAGAUCCAGUGAACAGGUCCAAUAAUCCUAGAUCUCUGUGAGACCAGUCACACAGACAUUAAAGGCUUAUCUGUUUCCUGUUGCUACGUUUUCUUUUCCCUAUAGGCAACCUACAGGUGAGGCAUCAAUGUGAGUUCAUUGGAUCAAAGUGAUUGCACAUUCCUUAAUUUUUUUUGAAAAAUUAGUCACAUCUAACAAAAUAAAAGUUAUUUUAUUCCCUCCCUCUGGAAAAAGGGUUUGAGAGAAAUGGUGAAGAAAACAAUUAGGUGAAAUUAUCUCUGAAACAGGAAAGGUAUUAUUUAGCC